GUCAUUUUGUAGCUGUAUCUGUUAGGAUUAUUAAAGACUACGAAUGAAGACAGUAGCAAUUGUGAGGAGAAGAGCUUCGACAUAGGAACAUCCAUCCGUCCCAUGAAGCCAACGUAUUGUACAGAACACGCCUAGCUGCUAUUAUUUUGGCCAUUGUCAUCAUCUCCUUGGAGUAGAAUAGCCUGUAUCCACUCGGUCCCUCGGAUCAAUCGAUGAACUCGUUUGGUUCCCAUGAAGCAUUCUCAUCCAACGAAUACAAAAAGAUCCACUUUCUGGUUCUCCUCUCUCCUCUUUCCUUCUCUUUGCUUCGGUUUCGAGGAACAGAAAGGUAUGAGUUCUGAGCAGGAUGAUCAGCAACGUCGCGGCUGUUGCAGUAGUAGCCUCGCCGGUUUCUUUUCUGUUCUCUCGGAGUCUCAGCACACAAGCAUGCCAAGACUCGAUAAGAAGAUUAAUGAGCUCAAAGAGGAGGUUCGACGACAGAAAGAGCUCAAGGAGACCUACAAAGCCCGGCUUGAGAGGACGCAGGAUUAUCUCAGGUACUGUUUAGAGGUGGCAAAGGAGAAUGGAUUCUUGCACCACAUAUCCGGCGAUCAAGAAAGCACUCUCCCCACGCAAACCGACCAUCAGCGGCCAAGUUUACAGGCAGUGGAUGUGGUGCCGAGUGACCCUCGUUUGGCCGCCGUGAUGGAUCAAGCUAAGCUGAAUGGUUGGUACGUUGAACCGGAGGAGAUAGAGUUGCAUGAACAAAUUGGUAGAGGAACUACUGCCGAUAUAUACCGAGGGACAUGGAGAGGGCUUGGUGUUGCCAUCAAAUGGAUUCACCCCGGCGUCUUCGAUGCCAACGGAAGCGGCCAAGCCUGGUUCGCCGAAGAACUCCACACUCUGUCACGCCAACGCCAUCCCUACGUGCUGCAUCUCAUGGGCGCAUGCUUCCACACGCCACAAAAAGGAUGGCUGGUCACCGAGCUGUUGAGUGGGAAGACGUUAGCGGAAUGGCUGCAUGGGCACAAGGAGAGGCGAAGAGGACGGUCUGUGCCUCUUCCUCCUCUGGCGGAAAGGAUAGAGAAGGGACUGGAGGUCGCCAUGGCGCUGCUGUAUCUUCACCAACAGAAGCCCAGGGUCAUCCACAGGGAUCUCAAACCAAGCAACAUACUUUUGGACGCUGCUACGCACGCUCGAGUCACGGAUUUUGGACAUGCUCGGCUUCUUGCUGACGGAGAGCAAGCUCUCACCGGUGAAAUGGGGACUUUCGUGUACAUGGCUCCUGAGGUGAUCCGUUGUGAACCCUAUACGGAGAAAUGUGAUGUUUAUAGUUUUGGCAUCAUACUGAAUGAGCUGAUCACCGGUGAGCAUCCCUACAUAGAGACGAGCUUUGGUCCCGCUAAGAUUGCGCUAGAGGUGAGUGAAGGCAGGCUUCGGCCAAAGCUGCCCGAGCAUGAUCAUGAAUGCAGAGAGCUCACAGAGCUUAUAUGCUGUUCUUGGAAUGAUGAUGCUUCAGCUAGACCCUCCUUUGCAGCGAUCAACUUGGCUCUUAGGAAGAUCAUUGACAAGUUAAAGUAGUUGCCAAGUCCAA